AUGGACGCAACGCUGCUCGUGGGCGUCGAAGGCACCAGGGCGUGGAGCUGUCCGCAGCGGCGGGUGAUCGUGGGGCCGAUGGUCUUCACCAGCGACUUCGAUAGCGGCAACAUGGGACCGGUCCAACUGGUGACUGAUGCCGAGCAGGAACGAACAUGGCCGGGGGCACCCGGGCACAGGGGAGAUAUCGAGAGUGAGGACUUGCUCUAUACCAUCGACGUGGCCCCCGAUUGCGCCGGCACUCCCCACGCCAACGGCUACCGCAGCUGGUUCUUCUUCGGCCUCUCCGUCGCCGAGCCCAUCGAAAUGGCCAGCUUGGAGGCGAAGGUUCCGGUGGAAGUGCCGGUGGAGAGAGGUGAAGCUCUAGAGGAUGAAGGCGACUCCAAACACGUGACGUGUACGAGCACGUGCUUGGAGGAGGGAAGCCGGAUGAAGGCGGAUGCUGAAGGCUCGAAGUCUACUUCAAGUGAUAGUGCUGCUGGAAAUGAUGCCGAAGAGGAGGAGCCUGCGAAGCCGGAGAUGACCAAGACAGAGCUGCCCCAAGUGAACUGUGAAAUCUCCGUGGUCCUCACGAUCCGCAACUUGAACAAUCACCGGAAGCUCUUUCGUGACGGCUACCGCCCCUGGUGCAAAAUGCCUGGCAAGCCUUGGAGCCGUUUGCCGGACACGCCUCAAUUGGGCUUCGCCAUCGUGGAGGGGGAGGAGAUGGGCAUCCGGUGGAGACAUGAAGCGUCUCGCGGAUCGGGGACCGUUUACUACGCCUUUUGUGCUCCCUACAGCUAUUUGGACUGUCAAGGCCUCUUAGAGGACUUAGAGGACACAUUCAGCAGCUGUCCAUCCUUUUCUUGGCCCGAUGAGGGCCGAGGUGCUCUGAGAAACCUUUCCAAGUCCAUCAAUGAUGACUGGUGGCCGAAGGCAGGCACAGACCUGCUGUUCCGCCGGCAGCUUCUCAAUCGCUCCCUGCAGGGCCGCCGGGUGGACCUGUUGACGGUGAGCAAAGCGAGUGGACUCAAGGCCCGGAGCCGGUGCGGCCGUGCGGGAGCCGAUCGACCGCCCUGUAGGUUGGAGGGUAGGGUGCCGAAGAUGGCCGAGCGGCCCAUCGUUUUUAUCUCUGCACGUGUUCAUCCAGGUGAAACACCUGGACAGUUCGUUUUCCUGGGCAUCCUGCGGUUUCUUCUUUCAGAUGACCCUCGCGCGCGGAGCCUGCGCGAGCGCUUCCAGUUCAAGUUGGUGCCGAUGCUGAACCCCGAUGGCGUGGCCUGUGGCCAUUAUCGGACGAACAGCCUGGGAUUGAAUCUCAAUCGACACUAUGACAAGCCAAGUCCACAUCAGCAUGAAGGCAUUUGGGCGGCGAAGCGGAUCUUAUCCUCCUGGUCCAAGCAGGGCCGCUUGCUCUUCUACCUGGAUUUGCAUGGGCAUGCUUCGAAGCGUGGUUGCUUCCUCUAUGCCAAUCGUAUGGCUGGACCGGGCCAGGGCUGGAAUUCGGGAUUUGCUCGCUUGUGCCAGAUGAACUCGCCUCACUUCGAGUUGGAGCAGUGUGAAUUCGGUGAUGAGGUGGACAAGGAGAUCGAAGGUCGUGAAGGCAAGCGUGGCUCGGGUCGUGUGGCCAUUCAUCGAGACUGCCGGCUUUGCAACGCCUACACCUUGGAAUGCAACUACAACAAGGGAAGAGCUACGAGACCCAUUGUCCCUCCCAAAGGCUUGCUGGGUGCAGAUCCACCGGCAGCCGAGCUUUUCACUGAGGAGCCAGUUCCCUAUGCACAAGGUGUUUGGGCACAAGUGGGCGAAGCCUGCGUGGUGAGCAUUUUGGAUCUCUUCGGCCACAACUGCCACUCGCGUAUGCUCAACAGCCGUGGUUCCCUGCACAGCCUUCUUGGGUCCACGAUUCGACCUCGCACUGGCCGCAUGACGCAUGUGAAGGAUGUGCUGCCGCAAGGAGUUGGCCUCACCCCAGAAGACAUCGCUGCCCGCGAACGCCCCUGCUGGCGCAGCGCUUGCGGCUGGGCCACCGCCACGAGCUCCGCCCCUGCGGCGCCGCCGCGCGGUGCCAGCCGCGAGGCGGCUGCGCCCGUGCCGCGGGCGUGGUCGGCUCAGACGUCGGAGCUGCGGAUUUGCGGCGCACGCGCCGUGCCACGCGCCGACGUGGCGAAGGAGGAGGUGGCUCCGCGUCCCGGCAGCGUGCUGCGACGGCGGCGGACCUUGUCGAGUGACCCGCGAAAGGCGCAUAGAGGUGAGUCAGCCAAAGUGCGGCCACCGGAAGUGAAGCUGACUGCUUUAGCGCACUGA